CCCCAAUACCCACGAAGAUGGUCUGAACUUGUUCGUCGAUCAUUGAUGUCUUCCGUUGGAGCUGAAUCUGGAGGCAACGCCAAUAAUUCUCCUAUUGCUUCAGUACUUCCUACUUCUCCACAAGAGAUGCUGCUUUCGUCUGGUGUAGCUAAUCAAGGCAACCAUCGUCAAUACCCUAGGCCAGUGUCAUGGCUGGAAAGACAAGAUGCUGGUUUAGUUGGAAUUCCUCAUUCAUUGCGAACUUUAGCUGCUGCAUCUGAAGGAAGAAGCAGGAUUCUUGCAUCUGAGUUUGUUAUGGGGCAGAUUCGCCAUGUCUUGGAUCUCAUGCGUAGGGGCGAGAACUUGCGACUUGAGGAUUUUAUGAUCCUUGAUCAAUCUGUAUUUUUUGGGGUAGCUGAUAUUCACGACCGGCAUAGGGAUAUGCGGCUCGAUGUUGAUAACAUGACAUAUGAGGAGUUAUUGGCUCUGGAAGAGCGCAUUGGUAAUGUAAGCACGGGGUUAAGUGAAGAAACUAUAUUAAACCGUCUGAAGCAACUGAAGUACUCUAGGACAUCAGGAGAUCAAUUAGAGGCAGAACCAUGUUGUAUUUGUCAGGUGGAAUAUGAUGAUGGAGAAAACCUUGGGACACUGGAAUGUGGCCACAACUUCCAUGCUGAUUGCAUUAAACAAUGGUUGAUGCAAAAGAACUUGUGCCCCAUUUGUAAAACAACGGGUCUGACUAAAUGAGAGUACGCGUUGUUUUCUGGAAAUUAUUUCUUUCUCGGGUCAGAGAAAGAAAAACCAUACACUGAAGUUUGUGGCUUAGCCUUCAAAUGUUGCCAUAAAGCAGCCUUCACGAGUCUUCACUCCGAGAAAAUCAAUGGCAACUCUAAUUCGAUUGCCAGAGGCCCUCGUACUUGCAAUUAUGUCCAAAGAAAGCAAUCAUCUGGGAAUUGAAAGCUAAUUUCUACAUUUUUCUUUCU